GGGGAGAGGAUGGGAGUGGGUAUAAAGCAGCAGCAAGUCCGGUGAAGAUGUAGACGGGGUUGUUUUUAAGGAUCCCAACCCCGAAACGAAACGAUGCAGGCGCUAUACACUCUUUCCUCCUUGCUGCUGCUGCUGCCGGUAUUUGCAACGCUGGCGGCCGCGAAUUCCCCGCUCCCCGACGACCUGGUACAAGCGUCUCUCGCCUCGCCGUCGGAGCGGGGUCUCGAGCUUGCCAUGGCGAGCCGACCGAUGUGGCACUUCGCGACCAUGCGCCCGCCAUUCUACACUCAGCGGAAGCGCACGUGCUACCCAACGUCGGCGCUCAACUCCACGGGGCAGCAACACGGCACGCAGCCGCAGGCGUGGCCGAACGCGGGCGAUAACUGUGUCGAUCCCGGCCCAUCAGGACAGGGCAGGCCGUUCCCGACAUACUGGAAUGUAAAGCAGUGCACGCACGAUGAGAUACGUGUCAUAUAUAGUCUGUACUCUCAGCAUGAUGGGUUCAGUAAUGUGAUUGUGGCGAAGGGGCAUAUGCACGACUGGGAGCGGAUCGUAGUGAUCUGGAAGCGCGACGCCGGCACCUCAUCCUGGACCCGCGCGAGCGUUCUAAAGAGCAUGCACAGCGGGUACGAAUCGCGGUCAUGGUCUUCGAUCCAAUCCACAUUCGACCACGCCAACCCUGGCGAGAGCGGCGGGAAGAACAAGGACGGCGCGAAGAUCUAUAGCGGGUGGGCGAAGCAUCCGUUCUUCGACACGAAGGAGACCAAAUGGAGGGAUAGUAUCUCCCAGGGCUGCCAGAGAGAGUUCAGGAAUGAUGAGUGGUGGUACAUGCCGCAGUUUGAGGAUAUGGUUUGGGCGGCGAAGGAGAGUCCUGAGGGACAGCGCCUGGCUGGGUUUAGUUGGGGCGCGGCGACCGGAGGGCCCUGGGUCGUUGAGGAGGGGAUCUGUGCGAAGGGGGAGGGCGGGUUCGUUAAGUGCUGAGUGAUGAUCGAGCGCGAGGCUGUGUGUACUUGUAUGAUCAUAUAGUGUAUGUAGUGUAGGACCGGUAAUUAGAUCUAGUAGUUAGUAGUUCCUCAAUGUAAUACAAUCCCAUUCAUCGCCGUAGGCUGUAGCCCUGGG